GAUACGGACGAAAAUUGUAAUUUUCCCUGUGAAAAUCCAGACAAAACACACAAAAAACGUUCAAAAAUUGUAAAAUAAAUCAUCGAGCACGCGAAAAACACAAAAACUCGCGUGAAAAUAUGUUAUUUUAGCUGUAAAUGCGGCAAAUUUGUACCGAUCAACUUUGACAGAUCGGCGUCAGUCAAAAAAUUCAAUAACAAACCCGAAAACCGACUAAAAUCUCAAACAUGGCAACACCCAUGGAUCAAGCGACUUUCCGGAGUCUCGUGACGAUGUUGGGCGAUCCGGCGGCAAAAGACGACAUUCGCAUGAAGGCGGCACAGGAGUUGAGUGAACACUUCGAGACACUUACACAAGGCAAUGGCUAUCAGGUGUUCCUGGAUCACUCGAUGAAAGUAUUCCUCAAAAUCCUAACGGAAGGCGAGCCGCAAUUCAUUUCCGAAAUUAACAUCCAACAAAUGCGAAAAUUGAUCCUCGAAAUGAUCCAUCGAAUGCCGACAUCGGAAAUUGUCAAGCCCUAUGUCAAGCAAAUUCUCAUCAUGUGUUUGAAAUUGCUCCAAAACGACAACGAGGAAAAUGUUUUGGUGUGUUUGCGGAUCAUUAUUGACUUGCACAAGCAAUAUCGACCGCCAUUUCAUCCGGAAAUUCAACAAUUCUUGACUUAUGUGAAGAAAAUUUACUCGGAUCUACCAACGCAUUUGCCAAAAAUCUUCGAACCAAAGUCGCCGCUGCGAGUAAAAGACAUUAAAGACAUCAAUGUGGAACAAUUAUUGCCGGAAACUUACACAAUAACGCCCAUUCAGGCGGAAAAGAAAGGACCUGAUGGGAAAGUUACGUCAGCUACGUUCAAUUUGAUCCCAAAAGGCGUCUACUCGUUGAAAGUCCUUCAGGAAUUGCCAAUUAUUGUCGUUCUCAUGUAUCAGAUCUACAAACAAUAUGUCCAUCAAGAAGUUGUCGAGUUUGUUCCGCUCAUCAUGACCACAAUUACCCUUCAACCCUUGGCUCAGCAUCGAAAUGCGCCCAAUUUCAACAAAGAAAUCUUCGUGGAUUUCAUGGGAGCCCAAAUCAAGACAUUGUCAUUCCUUGCCUACAUCGUUCGCUUGUUCCAAGAAGUCAUUCAAGCGCAUUCUACCUCAAUGGUCAAAGGAAUGCUCAGUUUACUGCAACUUUGUCCCAAAGAAGUCACGCAUUUGAGAAAAGAACUUCUCGUUGCGACACGUCACAUUCUCGCCACGGAUUUACGCAACAAAUUUGUGCCCGUGAUCGACAAACUUUUCGACGAAGAUCUCCUUUUGGGACGCGGAUUCACGACGCACGAGAGUCUUCGACCUCUGGCUUACUCAACACUUGCCGAUUUGGUGCAUCACGUGCGACAACAUCUCCAAAUCAACACGUUGGCAGAAGCGGUUUAUUUAUUUUCCAAAAAUGUGCAUGACGAAUCACUGCCGACGAGUAUUCAGACGAUGUCGUGCAAGUUGUUGCUCAAUUUGGUCGAUUGUAUUCGACAACGACAGGAUUUGGAGUCAAAUACGGCGAGAGAUUUGCUUAUUACGAUGCUGAAAGUGUUUACGCAGAAAUUUCAUACGAUUGCGAAAUUGCAGUUGCCAACGAUUAUGAAGAAAUUGAAAGCAGCGAAGCCCGAAACGAGUGGAUCUUCGACGCCUGCAGCGAUUACGGGAACGUCAAGUAAUGCGGGAUCAACAACGCCGGCAAUUACAGCAGCUCCCGUGACGCCACAAUCGUCUACGACGUCAACUACAACGACAGAUUCGUUAACGCAGAAGGAGUUUUUGGGAAUUGACUUAUCAUCAGAUGCCAAUUCCAAACUUACCUCAAUCGGAUUCGCACCGCCAAACAACUUAAACGUCACCGAAUACAAGAAUUUAGUAAAAACUCUCGUUUGUGGCGUCAAAACAAUAACUUGGGGAUGUCCAAACCUCAAAACUGUCACUCCCGAAGGCGUUCAACAAUCAUCUCCGCAACUCAAGUUAUUCCAGCCUAACGAAAUCAUCAUUUUCAUUGACUUAUUCCAUUGGGCACUCGAAGCGCUCGACGUUUACAUGAUUAACGUUCCCACGCCUGGCAUGCCGCCGAAUCUUCAAACGCAAUACAAGCAAGCGGCACAAGUGCCCCGCACCAAGGAGGAAAAAGAAGUUUUGGAGCACUUUAGUGGCGUCUUCCUCACGAUGAACAGUCAAAAUUUCCAAGAAAUUUUCACAGCAACGAUUGAUUUCAUGGUCGAACGGAUCUACAAGAACUCUGCAUUGCAAGUAAUUGCGAAUUCAUUCCUUGCGAAUCCAGUGACGUCACCUUUGUUUGCUACAGUUUUGGUUGAAUACCUCUUGAAACGCAUGCACGAAAUGGGAUCCAACGUAGAACGGUCGAAUUUGUAUCUGAGACUUUUCAAACUUGUCUUUGGCAGUGUGAGUCUCUUCCCGACAGACAAUGAGCACAUGUUGAAGCCACAUUUGCAUAACAUCGUAAAUCGUUCGAUGGAGUUGGCAAUGACAGCGAAAGAGCCGUACAAUUAUUUUUUGUUGCUUCGAGCUUUGUUUAGAUCGAUCGGAGGAGGAAGUCACGAUUUAUUGUAUCAAGAAUUCCUGCCUUUACUCCCGAAUCUUCUGGAAGGCUUAAAUCGCCUUCAGAGCGGUUUCCAUAAGCAACACAUGAAAGACUUGUUUGUCGAACUUUGUUUAACGGUUCCCGUUCGUCUCUCGUCAUUAUUGCCAUAUUUGCCGAUGUUAAUGGAUCCCUUGGUUUCUGCCUUGAACGGAUCUCCAACACUCAUCAGUCAAGGCUUACGAACACUUGAACUCUGUGUCGACAAUUUACAACCGGAUUUCUUGUAUGAUCACAUCCAACCCGUUCGCGCUGAACUCAUGCAAGCUCUUUGGCGCAUCUUGCGCAAUAGUGAUCCAGCGGCACUUGUUGCUUUUCGUGUUUUGGGCAAAUUUGGCGGAGGAAAUCGAAAAAUGAUGAUUGAACCGCAAAAAUUGGAAUAUAAUGAACGAGAUGUUCCGCCGCCCGCUAUCGUUGCAUACUUCCAAGAACAUCGCAAGCCGAUAGAUUUCCCCGUGGAUAAGGUAAUUGAGACGGCGUUCAAUGCUCUGAAGUCAAGUACGACAGAUCCGUUCUAUUGGAGGAAGAGUUGGGAAGUUAUCAGAUGUUAUCUUGCGGCUUCGUUGCAAUUAGAGGACGAUAAACACACGUUACAGAAACUUUUUAUGCAUCCAAGUUUCACUGAGGGAAAUAUUUCGUCGGCAAAUGGCGUUUAUUAUAUUUCACAAGAUAUGGUUGCUCGUAAAACGAAUCAAACGGCGUUGACGGGAAUGUUUGUAGCAGCAGCUACAAAAGAACUUCGUCAAUCUGUGCUCCCAACAAUGUUAGCUGUCGUUCGUCAUUACGUGAUGGUUGCCAUUGCUCAACAAGCAGGUCCCUUCCCAUACCAACCGAAUCGUCUUUCAGUUCCUGGCUUGGAUCCGCUCGUUUUAAUCGAUGCUCUUGCCGUCAUCAUGGGACACGAAGAAAAGGAAUUGUGUAAACCCGGAAAUUUGGCACUUUUUGUCAUUCUCGAGACUGCCACAAAUAUCAUGGGCAACAAAGAACGUGCCUGUCGUUUACCAAUUAUGCAAUAUUUGGCAGAAAAAAUGGCUGCUUUGUGUUUCGAGCGUCCCUGGUACUCAAAAAUGGGCGGAUGUAUCGCUCUGGAGUUCUUGUACAAGCACAUGGCGAUGCGAUGGUUGUACCAACAUUUGUUCUCGUUCCUCAAGGCGUUCAUGUUCGUCAUUAUGGAUCUCACGGGAGAAGUUAGCAGUGGCGCCGUCGAACGUGCCAAGACUUAUUUGGAGAAAAUGUUGCGAAUCACGAUGGUCCCGUUGGAAAAAGACUGCAAAAAUGAGGAUUUAAUAACGGCACACAACAAAGCGAUGCAAGAUGUCAUCAAUGAACUUGUGCGACAAGUAACAAGUCCUCAUACGGAAGUCCGAAAUACUGCAAUGUCUUCGUUGCGAUUAAUUGCUGAGCUGCAGAACAAAACAGUGACUGCGGUGAUGGAACCUUACGCUGCUUUCCUCACGGAAAUGAUUCCGCCGAAGAAACAUUUGUUGCGUCAUCAAUCGGCGAAUGCCCAAGUUGGUUUAAUCGAAGGAAGUACAUUCUGCACGACGCUUGAACCGCGUUUGAUGACCAUCGACUUGCAAGUUCUCACACACAAAGUUUUCUUCCACGAAGUUUUGACACUUUCGGAAUUAGACGAUAAUAUUUUGAACAAAUUGGACUGCUACAAAGCGAUUACCAACAAAAUUCCUUUGCGAAAAAGUGCUUUGCGUUGCUUAGCGGCAUGCCAUUACCUCGAAGAACCCGGAAUGAAGUUGAAAAUCUUCCAAACACUCUUCAAGGCACUCGGAAAACCGAAUCAAGAGCUUCAGGAGUGCGCUUUCGAGUGUUUACAAAAGUUCAUGGUGAACUAUCAAACGGACAAAAACGUAAAUCAAGAAAUUCGUCCUUUACUUCUCGCUUUGGGCGAUUAUCGCAACUUGACAUUGAACAUGGCGAAACAUUUAUCUUACACAACGCAACUUUUCCCCUCGGCUUUUAACGAAAAAUUGUGCGAACAACUUCUUCAAAUGAUCAAAAAGAUGUUGGAGAUCUCCAUAACCACAAAUCGCGGUCGAAAUUUCCUCUCUGUGAGCAAAACGGGCGAUACUGAGCAAAAAAUUGCCACAGUAAUUGGGAUUUUCCAUCAAAUUCCCGCUGCAUCGGCAAAAUUCAUCGAACCUUUGUGUCGAAUGGUGCUCCAUACCGAAAAGGGACUCAAUGUGGAGCCAUCUUGUCCCUUCAGAGCGCCUCUCAUUAAAUUCCUGCUGCGACAUCCCGAUGAAACAUUGGAUUUGCUGUUGAACGAUCAAAAUAUCGUCGAACAACAAUGGAAUCGAUUCACGAUUUACAUCUUGAAAUCCGACGAAGGCGAGUUAUUCCGCAAAAAAAUGCAGGAAAAAACGAGCAGAUUGAUGCAUUUGAUACUGAAUGGCCUUGCGGAUCAAAAUGCAAGCGGAGAAGCACGUUACGAGACGCAACAUCAAGCUGUCUUGAUCCUUUACACGCUCACGGAGUUCGAUGAUCAAUGGUUGGCGACACAAACGGAGGUUAUUAGUUCCCUCCGUACCAUUUGGGAUAAUAAUUUGUAUGAAACAGCAGCAAACUCUCCUGUUGUAAACGACUUGUGGCAUUUGGUAGCAAAGAUCCUUCAAAAGUACUUCACCCAUCACACGGACGACAUAAAUUUACUUUUCCAACUUUUACGAGCGCUGUGCUUGAGAUUUAUCCCGGAUUUCCAAUUUUUGAGGGACUUUUUGCAAGAAACAGUUUGCCAAUAUACCGUCGAUUGGAAACGAAAAGCAUUUUUCUACUUUGUGGAGAACUUCCAUUCACAAGUAUGGUCUCAGGACUUGAAAGCGAAGAUUUUAACGACAGUUUUGAUACCAUGCUUUGCUGUCAGCUUCGAAAAAGGCGAAGGAAAUAAGCUUGUUGGCGCUCCGCCAGAACCCUAUUUGGAAAAUGAUAAUAAUGUUGUGUCAGUUUUCAUCAACAAGAUUAUUGAUCCAGAGAAGCCAUUUGCGAACGAAGAUGCCGUCCGUAUUGCUCUGUUACAAUUUUCGUGUCUCUUAGUCGAACGUGCAUCGCCUCACAUUCACGACGGAGACUCCAACAACAAACGCGAAGGCAAUAAAUUACGUCGAUUGAUGACUUUUGCAUGGCCUUGUUUGCUCGCCAAAAAUUGUGUUGAUCCAGCUGCUCGAUAUCAUGGUCAUUUAUUGCUGAGUCACAUAAUCGCUCGUUUAGCAAUUCACAAAAGGAUCGUUUUGCAAGUUUUUCACUCGUUAUUGAAAGCUCAUGCCUUGGAAGCACGCACAAUUGUCAAACAAGCAUUGGAAGUAUUGACGCCUGCGAUGCCGUUACGCAUGGAAGAUGGUCAUACAAUGUUGGCGCAUUGGACAAAGAAAAUCAUCGUCGAGGAAGGACAUGCAUUGCAACAAUUAUUCCACGUUUUGCAAUUAUUGGUGCGUCAUUACAAAGUUUAUUAUCCCGUGCGACACCAUUUGGUCCAACAAAUGAUCAAUUCAAUCUCUCGUCUCGGCUUUUCACCGAACGCAACAAUCGAAUAUCGCAAAUUAUCCGUCGAAUUGGCAGAAGUCAUCAUAAAAUGGGAGCUCCAACGCAUCAAAGAGGAAAAUGAAGAGUCAAAUUUCGAUGAUGACACUCCAUUGGGCGAACUAAAGUUACAAGCGAGUGGCGGUAUAAAGAGAACAAUUUCCGAAGAUGAUGCAAGGAAACGUGCUGCUGUCGGCGAAAAUAGUCCUCAACCGGGAACAUCUCAAACGACGCCUGCAACAAGUGCUGCGUCAAAAGUUGAAGGAGCUUCUCGUCCUAUCGAGCGACAUCAUUGCGAUACCGUCUUGAAUUUCUUGUUCCGUUUGGCUUGUUCCAUCAACGAUGCGAGUCCCACACCCGGAGUUGUCUCGCCGAACGAAACUUUGGCAAGACGUUGCGUCACGUUACUUAAAACCGCAAUGAAACCCGAUGUUUGGCCUCAACCGUGUGAUUUGAAGCUCGCUUGGUUGGAGAAGAUUUUCAUGCAAGACACCCCGAAUUACGGAAAUAUUUGCACGGCAUUGGAGUUGUUGACGUUCUUGUUGACGGUCAUGAAAAAAGAACAAAUUCUCGCAACAUUCCGUCCCUUGCAACGAGGUCUCUCGAUUUGUGUCACAUGCCAAAACACAAAAGUAAUCAAACUGAUGCAUGGAUUAUUGACACGUUUAAUGGCGAUUUUCCCAACAGACUCGCAUCACAAACACGACGAACUUGAAGUUUUGUACGCGACAAUCAGCCGAAUGAUUAGCGAUGGUUUAACGACGUACGAAAAGAACCCUCAAGCCAAUCCAAGUACACUUUUCGGUACAUUGAUGAUUCUCAAGGCAUGUUGCACGAACAACCAAAGUUACAUCGAUCGCUUAAUAAUGCCAUUCAUGCGACUUUUGAGUCGUCUCACGAAGGAACAUCUCAGUGGCGGAACCGCUCAAGCCCAAACCGCAACUGGAGGCACACAAGAAGCUGGCACGAACGUCGCAGGACCCGUCGCACUCGAGCUUCUCAUUUUAUCUCUUGAUUUGGUGAAGAAUCGCGUCGUCGUCAUGGGCGUCGAUAUGCGAAAAAUGUUCAUCGGAAGCAUUCUCGUGGGUUUAAUCGAAAAAUCCUCCGAAGUAAAAGUCAUCAAAGCCAUCGUCAAAAUGAUCGAGGAAUGGAUGAAGAACAAAAAUAGUCCCGUUACUGUCUCACAAGCCCCUACGUUGCGCGAAAAAUCGAUUUUACUCGUGAAAUUGAUGCAAUAUGUGGAAAAACGAUUCGCUGAUGAUCAGGAAUUGAAUGCGCAAUUCCUUGAAUUAAUUAAUUACAUCUAUCGCGAUGAUCAAUUAAAAGUGACGGAACUCACAUCGAAACUGGAAGCUGCUUUCCUUUGUGGAUUACGAUGCCCUCAACCAGCGAUAAGAGCAAAAUUCUUCGAAAUCUUUGACGGAUCGAUGCGACGACGUUUACAUGAUCGACUUUUGUAUAUAAUUUGCUCGCAUGCAUGGGAUACCAUCGGACAACAUUACUGGAUCAAGCAAUGUAUUGAACUUUUGAUCCUCACAUGCAACACAACAUCGCAGAUAAUGAAUUCUAAUGACACACAUUUACUUCCGAGCGUUUCGUCGGUCAUCCAGAACGCCGAAUCCGAUGAAAAGAAGAAUUUUGUCAUUUUUACGUCGCUUCAAAGUGAUACGCCCGUCACUUUUGACCCACUCGAAGACAAGGAAGAUGCUUUUGACUUGGAUAUGACAGUUGAUUCCAACAUUUCUCGCCGUGAGGAAAGUGAAAGACCUGUAGCAAACCGCCAACAAGUCCUGAUGAAACUAAUAACAGCUCAAGGGGACUUUUUGGAUUCCAUUCGACGCGUCAAAACGGAUGAAUUGCUCGUGGCAACUGCCCAAUUGUGUCACAUGGACACGAAUUUAGCGGAAAAGGUAUGGCUUGAGAUGUUCCCGCGCCUCUGGUCGAUUCUCGAUGAAAAUCAACAACAAUCCUUGGAUCGGGAGAUCAUUCCGUUCUUGUCGUCGGGCACGCAUGUCAUCCAAAAAGACUGCCAUCCGAGUGCUUUGAACACUUUUAUCGAAGCAUUAACGCAUUGCGAGCCAAAAGUGUAUCUCCCGCCAAAUUUGAUGACUUAUUUGGGCAAAGCUCAUAAUUUAUGGCAUCGAAUGACGUUGAAUUUGGAAGAAAUGGCGAUCGAAUGGCCUCAUCGCAAGGAACAAGAGUACAGCGAUUAUGAUUUUGAUGAGACAACAACGAAUCCGGAAGCGGAUCAAGCUUUUGUUUUGGAUCCGUUGUCGCAAAUGUACUCGGCGUUGCAUGAAGAAGACCUCUGGGCAGGAUUAUGGCAAAAGUAUGCAAAGUAUCCGGAGACAAAUAUCGCUAUUGCGUACGAGCAAAUGGGAUUUUUCGAGGAAGCGCAAGGCGUUUAUGACUUGGCAAUGACGAAAUUCAAGCAAGAAUUGACUCCGGCGCCAUAUGACAUGAACAGCGAAGUGCUGCUGUGGGAAAAUCAUUGGACCCGAUGUGCUAAAGAGUUGAAUCAAUGGGAUAUUUUGCUGGAUUACGGUCAGUCGUGCAAAGAAAAGAACUCGUUCCUCAUCAUGGACAGUGCUUGGCGUGUUCCGGAUUGGGGAUUAAUGAAACAAGCAUUGCUUCGGGUCGAACAAACAUGCCCCAAAUCCCUCGGAUAUAAAGUUAAUUUGUACAAGGGAUUCCUCGCCAUUCUGAAUCAGGAAGAACAACAUUUGGGAUCUGUCGAACGUUACGUCGAAAUGGCAUCCCAUCUUUGUAUGCGUGAAUGGCGCCGUCUUCCGCCCGUCGUUUCGCACAUUCAUCUCCCGCUGUUACAAGCAGCGCAACAAAUUAUGGAGCUCCAAGAGGCAAGUCAGAUCCAUCAAGGCUUACAACAGAAUCGCAGUUCGUCAUUGCAUGACAUGAAAGCUAUUGUCAAAACCUGGCGAAAUCGUUUACCCGUAAUUGCUGAUGACUUAUCGCACUGGAGUGACAUUUUCACGUGGCGCCAACAUCAUUACCAGAUAAUUACGCAACAUUUGGAGUCGCAAAGUGAUCCGCCGGGAGCUACAUGUAUGUUAGGGGCUCAUGCUUCGGCACAAACGAUCAUUCAUUUCGGCAAAAUCGCGCGAAAACACAAUUUAAUGGGCGUUUGUAUGGAUUCCUUGCAACGAAUUUACACAAUUCCAUCGGUUCCUGUCGUCGAUUGCUUCCAAAAGAUCCGUCAGCAGGUGAAAUGCUUCUUACAACUCGCAGCAACGAACGAGAGACAAGAACUACAUGAAGCAUUGGAAGUUAUUGAAGCUACAAACUUGAAAUAUUUCUCGCGUGAGAUGACAGCAGAGUUUUAUGCGCUCAAGGGAUUGCUAAAUGCCAAAAUUGGUCGUUCGGAGGAAGCCAAUAAAUUUUUCAGUGAAGCUUGUCAAUUGCACGAUACGCUAAUUAAAGCAUGGGCGUUAUGGGGCGACUAUUUGGAGCACAUUUUCACAAAAGAACCGCGUCAAAUGGACUUGGGAGUGUCGGCGAUGACGUGUUUCCUUCAUGCGUGUCGUCAUCAAGUCGAAAGUAAGUCCCGUAAGUACUUGGCAAAGGUUUUGUGGCUCCUGCUGUACGACGACGAGCAACAACAACUCAUGGCGGCGUUAGAUAAAUACGCUGUCGGCAUCCCGCCGUUGCAAUGGUUGCCGUGGAUUCCUCAACUUUUGUGUUGUUUGCGACAAUACGAUGGAAAUGUCAUCCUAAAUAUCUUGAGUCAAGUUGGUAGGAUGUUCCCGCAAGCUGUUUACUUCCCAAUUCGAACGCUUUAUCUCACGUUGAAGAUCGAGACGAAGACGCAAGUUGGAAAUGGGACCUUUAAUGAUGCCAAUAAUCAACAGCAAUCGUCGAUUUCGAUCUCUACACAACCCGGCGGGCAACAACAACAGCAGCAACAAACGCAAGGCGGCGACAAUCAAGGAAGUACAACGGUGCCAAUUCGUGCGACACCCCAAAUGUGGAGAUGUUCGAAAAUUAUGCACUUGCAACGUGAUAUUCAUCCAACGAUAUUGAGUGCGCUUGAGGGAAUUGUCGAUCAGAUGGUUUGGUUCCGCGAAAAUUGGUAUGAAGAGGUGUUGCGACAAUUGAGACAGGGAUUGGCAAAGUGCUAUGCGAUCGCUUUUGAGAAUAGAGCUGCUGUUAAAGAUGCAACAAUUACUUCGCAUACCUUCAAUUUUGUGAAGAAACUUGUUUCGACCUUCGGAAUUGGAAUUGAAAAUAUCACAACAUCAACUACGUCAACGUCGUUCUCAUCAACGGCUUCGGAGUCACUUACACGUCGUGCGCUCGCUACAGUUCAAGAUCCAGUGUUCAAAAAGAUGAAAGCUCAGUUCACAUCUGACUUUGAUUUCACUCAACCUGGAGCCACAAAGCUUCAUAACCUGAUAUCGAAGAUUAAACCAUGGAUUCGACUUUUGGAGCAACGAACGUUACAACUUCCAAAAGUGGUUUUAAUCGACGAAAAAUACCGAUUACUUCAGAAUUUCAGUCAAAAAACAGCCGACAUCGAGUUACCUGGCGAGCUACUUUUGCCACGGCACUCUCAUUACCACAUCCGAAUCGCUCGAUUCUUGCCUCGUGUGACUGUCGUAGCGAAACACAAUACAGCAGCGCGUCGCUUGUUGAUUCGCGGUACAAAUGGCAAAAUUUAUCCGUAUCUCGUUGUCAGUGAUUCGGGACUCGGAGAUGCUCGUCGUGAGGAACGCGUUUUGCAACUUCUACGCAUGAUGAACAAUUAUUUGGCGAAGCAAAAGGAAACUUCUCGUCGUUUCUUGCAUAUUACGGUACCGCGAGUCGUUGCUGUUUCACCGCAAAUGCGAUUAAUUGAGGAUUAUCCAUCGAGCGUUUCGCUUUUGAGCAUUUACAAGCAAAGUUGCGCGAAACUGAACACCGAACAUGAAGCUCCAAUCGCCAGAUAUUACGAAAGAUUGAUGGAAGUGCAAGAAAGAGGCGCCCAAACGACGCAUAAUUUGCUGAAAGACAUCUUACGAGAUGUUCAAACGUCGAUGAUACCGAAGACGUUGCUCAAAGAAUGGGCUACGAAGACCUUCAAGAGUGCCACGGAUUAUUGGACCUUCAGAAAAAUGUUUACGCUUCAACUUUCCUUAUCAUGUCUCGUGGAAUAUGCUCUCCAUCUCACACGUCUCAACAUCGACAUGAUGUACUUGCAUCAAGAUUCCGGCUUAAUGAACGUUUCCUACUUCAAAUUCGACGUAGAUGAAGUUUCGGGCGAACUUGAUGGAAAUCGUUUCGUUCCCUUCCGACUUACCCCGAACAUUGUCGAAUAUUUAUCCAGCAUUGGCAUUAAUGGACCUUUAACUGCAUCCGCUAUUGCUGCUGCACGAUGUCUCAUACAACCGAAUUUCAAACUUCCUGCGAUUCUGAGAGCAAUUUUACGUGACGAAUUUGCCGCAGUUCACAAGAAAAUUCUCAUCGAUGAGAGACAAGAUCAAGCAACAGCUCAAGCUACGACGACUUCGACAGAUCCGAAUGUCAAACAAGAACCGGGAACGACACAAGAGAAGGCAACAGCAGGCGAUUCGGACAAAGUUGACUCGGAACGCGUUAUUAUUGUUGUCAAUAAGGCAGUUACGUCGAUCAUGAGUCGUCUCAAUAGUUUGUCAAUGUUCGACAAAGCGGAGACUAAUAAGAUGACAGCUUUGGUGCAAGCCGCAUCAAAUCCUGAUAAUUUGUGCCGAAUGGAUCCCACGUGGCAUCCAUGGCUUUAAACGUAUUUUACGUGUUUUGCUCGUCUAACGUAUUUUUAACUUAAUUCUAUUUUUUACAUGUCUUGUAAUUUUUCUCAAAUUGGAAAGAAAUAAAAGUUUAGUGAUUAUAUGAAAAAUAU